AUGGGAAAUGAUGCAAGAAACUCCAAAAGUCUCGAACUUAGCACUCCUAUAUUAGAUAAUUGUAGAGUACAGCACUCUAUAUCUUCAUUAUCUUCUAUUUCUCCCUUAUCUAAUAGUUCUUCAUCAUAUUCUUUGAAAUCCAGCUACUCAAGCUUACUACCUUCUCAAAAGAGAUAUAAUCAUCUAGAGCAUUUUAUUCACUUGAGAACUUCUACAAUUAAUAAGAUUAUAAUUCCUUAUAAUUAUAUACAAUUAAUACCGUCUAAACAACGCUCUUUAAUAAACAAUUCCAACUCCGAAUUUCAAACAAAAAUAGAAAAUAAUAUAAAAUAUAUGAAUACUAGAGACUCAUUAAAUCUGCUAGAAUAUCCAGUUUGUACUCGUGCUAGUGAAAAUUAUCUGGACAACAAGUAUGAAAAAGCUGCUAUUAAAAUACAGAAGGCAUUCCGUAAUUAUAAACAUAAAUGCAUUUUUAAUACUUCAGUAAAUGAAAACUCAGAGUACAUUAAAUAUACAGGGAAAAAUAAAUGUAGUUUAAUAGUUAAUGAAGUAAGUAAUUCAAUGAUAAAAUGUGAUAUUGAUCAUGAAGCAAAAACUAGAAAUGAAGUUGAGUGUAAUAUAACUGAAACUUUUGAAAAUAAUAAUAUCCCACUCUUACAGUGCAUUGCCUAUUGGAACCAAGAAAGACAAGUUUUCAAAAAACUUCAUGCAGUUUGGUUGGGAUAUAAAACUCGAUGUAUUAUUUCAGGUACAUUAAAAGGAACUUUCUUAAAGCAUCCUUUUUACAAGGAUAACAAGACUAUUCCUUUAAAUAUAUGCUACCACCUUCAUCGUUUACUACUUUCAAUAUACGAUCUUUAUGAACUAAUUAAAGAUAGAGAACAUAAUAGAGAAGUUAAAGAUAUUUGUAAUGAUUCAUGGAUAAAUGCUUUAUAUGAGCAAGUUAACCAAUAUAAGAAACAAUAUAUACAAGAAUUAGAUCGGCUGCUAAAUUGUGUGGAAAGCUGGGUAUCAAAUAUACCGAAAUCUAAUGCAUAUGCAAAAAAUAUUAGAUAUGCUAGUAGGGUAUUUAAUAACUUACCAGGUAAAUUAUGUGAAUUUAAAGAUAGAAGAGUAAACCAAAACAAUAGGUUAAAUACUAACAAUAAUUCUCUAAGAAUUAAUGAACAUUUCAUUAAAUAUAGUGUAGUUAAGAGUUAUGAGAAGGUGGGAGAACAUUUGAAGCAGCUGAAAUAUAAAGUUAAUGAAGAAAUGAGAGACCAGAUUGAUCAGUUAUUUAGCAAUUUAUACUGUGAAUAUCUUAAGACACCUGAGAAAUCAGGAAAUAACAAUAUAAAAUUUUACACACCAAACAGCAGUUUAGCAGAAACUUCAUCAGAAACUAGUACUAGUGAUAUAUUUCAUACACCCUUAUACAGUGAAAAAGUAGCUACAUGUGAGCUUAGCGAAUCAGCUUAUUUCUACUCUAGAACACAAUCUAAUUUCUUUCCCAAUAGUAAAGAUAAUGAAAACAAAUUAGUUUGUAAUAAUACAUACCAAGAACGAAAUGAUUCUACUCAACUGAAACCUAGACCAUACCUCAAAAGAAAAAGCCAAAGUGUAAAAGUCCCAAAUAAAGUCCUUGAAUUGAAGAAUAUAACAUCUAAGUACAACGAAAUGUAUAAAAAGAAAUCUAUUGAUACAAAAAAGAAGAUAGUGUCUCAGACAAAAAUUCCAUCAAUAAAAUCUGCAUCGAACGUUGUACCUAAUGAAAAGUCAACUUAUAAGUCGUUUUCUAGAAUUCCAAAAUGUCGAUUAGAAAACUAA